AUGAUCGCAGCAGAGCAGCCAAGUGCAAAAGAAGGAUGGACGAACGUCAUCUUUUCCAACCUAAGCUUACCCACCGAUGGCGACUUUUCGAUCGAAACUGCCUUGAAAAACAAGGAGGGAUCAGUCGUUGUAUCUGGAACCUCCCACUUAACCAUUGCCUCGAAUGCUUCCGUCCCGCGGAUCCUAUUCGGUGAUUUGCAUGUACACUCCGACGACACUGUCGGAACCGAAUCAUCCAUCUACAACUUUUCCUACGGCCGAGACAUUGCAGGACUCGAUGUCCUCGGGUACACCGCAAAUGAUUUUCAGAUUACGAGAGCUCGCUGGGAUGCAACAGUAGAGCUGAUCCAAACCCUCAAUGAGCCAGGCAGAUUUGUCAUAUUCCCUGGCACUGAAUGGUGCGGGAACUCUGCUGCUGGGGGCGACCACAACGUCAUUUUCCUUGCCGAUCCAACAAAAUACUCUCCUGAAUUCCCAUUUGACCGACAUGGGAAUGUGGCACGCUCUUUCGAAUGGUCGGAAGACGGCCCUGAUGACCUUGUCCCAGGCACAUGGCCCCUGGACGAAGUUUACUGUACUUAUGCCGGCGAAGCAGAAUCUCAUCUUCUUAUCCCCCAUGUCGGUGGCCGACGCUGCAAUCUUGCCUGGCAUCAUCCGCAGCUUGAGCGAUUGGUCGAGAUCGGAAGUGCAUGGGGCCAGUUCGAGUGGCUUCUGCGGGAUGCUGUGCGCAGAGGUUGGAAGCUGGGAGUUUCUGCCAAUUCUGACGAACAUCGCGGCCGCUGCGGCGGCGGCGUCCCUGGGACGGCGGUAUUCGGAACCAGGGGAGGUCUGACUGGAAUCUUGGCUCCUAGUCUUGAUCGUGAGAAUGUCGCUGCAGCUCUUCGUGCGCGGCGGACGUUCGCGACUACUGGGCAGCGGUUGGUGGGACUGGUCUCAACCCCCGAUGGGCAGAGUUUUCAGGGCGAUGAGGUUGAGUUGGUAAACAUGGUUCCGUUCGAGCUCGAUUAUCACUUCCUUGGUGAGAAGGGGUUCUCGUCUAUCGAGGCUUUCGAUGCUUCUGGACUGAUCUGGCGCCGGAAUUUCUGGUCCGAGGCUCAACUACCCGCGACAAUCCUGCGUGUGACAUGGCGGAGCAAGACUGUACGAUCGCUACCGGGAGGCGUUGUGGAAUGGUACCAUCACCCUGUCGGAUAG